AUGUUGUACCGUUUGACAGCAGUUGCGCUUUUAGCGGCGACAGCGAACGCACAGGCCCAAUUGUGGGGUCAAUGCGGUGGUAUUGGAUGGACAGGAGCUACGACUUGUGUCUCGGGGACAUAUUGUUAUGCCUGGAAUCCAUACUACUCCCAAUGCUUAGAGGGGACUGGAUCAAGCACUGCUACUACCAGUACUACGACUACUGCCCGGUCUACGACAUUGGCUACUAGUACUGCUACGAGAACCUCAAGCUCGUCGACCCGCUCUUCGACGACUACCACCAGGCCGACAACCACGACCACACCACUCUCGAGUACUACAACCACUCGAAGCUCGACUACAACUUCGCCCACAACGACAAGCCGUGUUCCAACUUCUUCUGCGGUUUGUGGUACCGCUACGUUCACCCCUAUCUCUGCCUCUGCCGCUAUUGCUGCCCUUCAUCCAGGGUGGAACAUCGGUAAUACGCUUGAUGCCGUUCCGAACGAGGGUUCCUGGAACAACCCUCCCAUCACUGGAACAGUCAUUGACGCUAUCAAGGCUAGCGGGUACAAGUCCAUCCGCAUCCCGGUUACCUGGACCCACCACUUUUCCGGAAGCAGCCCAACCUGGACUGUUGACCCUGUUUGGAUGAAUCGUGUUGAAGAAGUUGUAGAUAUGGUUCUUAGCAAGGGUCUCUAUGCUAUUUUGAACGUCCACCACGACUCCUGGGAUUGGUUUGAUUAUACAAAGAAUGGUAAUGCACCGGUUGAAGAAAAGUUUGGUGCUUUGUGGGCACAAAUUGGUGAUCGAUUCAAGUGCAAGGGCGAGAGACUCCUCUUCGAGCCAAUUAACGAGCCUCCAGGCUCCACUGCUGAGGAUGGAGUUGAGUUAAAUAAACUCAAUGACAUUUUCUUGACUAAAAUUAACCAGGCUGGUGGCUUCAACCCUCAGAGAGUUGUGACUUUGUGCGGUCUUUACAUGGACAGCUACAAGACUAUCAGCUACUUCAAACGUGGAUCUCUCUACCCGAAUCAACCAUGGGGUAUUCAAUUCCACUACUACUCUCCCUAUGACUUUGUUUUCCGCGCCUGGGGCAAGUCUACUUGGGGAUCAGCAGACGAGAAGGCCUCGUUGGAAAACGACUUCAAGUACUUCCGCGGAAACUUUUCUGACGUUCCAGUUGUUAUUGGAGAGUUUGGCGGCAGUCCCGCUACACUUGAACCUGCGGCUGGCUGGAGAUACCUUGAUUUCCUCGUCCAAACUGCUAACAAGUACAAGUUUUCAAUUGUUACAUGGGAUAACGGAGAGGAUCUCUUUAACCGAACCAGUUUGACAUGGUAUGACCCUGCCGGUCAAAGUAUCUUGAUAAAUGCUGCCAACGGAGCUUCGAACGCCUUGGCAGUCAGCACUCUUGAUGGUUCGGUACCUCAAUUGUCCUCUGCAUUUAUCUUCCACAAAGUCGGCACACCAGUUACAACUCAAACCGCCACCUAUGAGAACGUUGGAUCAAAAACAUUGGUUUCCGUCAAGAACAAGGCAGGAACGACCCUCACAUCUUCGCAAUACUCCUUCUCGGGCGGUGUUCUUACUCUACCAGAUACCUACUUGUCCACUCUUUAUACCGCCAACAGCGCUCCUGGUGUUAAGGACGUAUUAACUUUGACCUUUUCUAGCGGUGCAUUCUUGACUUUGACAAUCGUCCACUGGGACGUCCCCGUUAUCGCUGAAACUACUCUCACUGCUCCGACCUACGAUUAUAGGAUUCCAAUUACUUGGAAUGGAUAUAAUAGAGUCGCAGCCGUGAGAGCCGUAUGGGACAAUGGUGUCUACGUUAGCGACGACUGGACCGUCUGGCUUCCACAAUUGCAACAAGCUAGAUGGACAUUCGGAAACUGGGGUUAUGAGGCCAAUAACAUUGCACUUUGGCUUUCAGGAUCCGAUUACCUUAGGAAUAAUAAACCCGCAGGGGUCAAUAGCGCUAUCUUGACUUGGGAGUUUUUCCCCCGUGAUGGUCAUGCGGCUGGAUCUAAUGCUGUUAACUUGACUAUCACAUUUUAG